CUCGCAACUCUCGACACGUUGAACAUUAUACAACUACCACAAUGCUCCCAAUCCCACCCCACGCGUCGUCGCCCUCGGCCUCGUCGCACACCUACCACCACCCUACCACCUCCCAUCGGCGCACAAUGUCGACUCCGGUCUGGCAACAAUAUUACUGGCCACCAUCUUACUAUCACAACCACUACCCACCACUACCACCACCACAGCCUGCCGAGCUCCCGGUACAGUCCUCGCCCGCUGCCAACCCCAAGGCCAGCCUCUUACAUCCGAGCUUCCUCCCCCCGUGCGAGCACGGCAAGGAAGGCGAGAUGCACGCACAUGCCUUUGACCUCCUCUCUCUCGCUGGCGGCCCCAACUCGUCGCCGCCCAAGACACCCAAUGGCGCCGAGGUCGCCGGCUCUGUCCCGGCGACAUCAUAUCUGUCUACCACUCGUCCGGUUAAUGGCACGGCGGCGACCAACGGAAGCGCCGCGUCUGCGGCUGCUACUGCAUCGCCGGCUGCCAAGCCGCGUCGCAUGAGCUCGUCCACCACCGGCGUCCUCGGCCGCGGCAAGCUCGGCCUCAUGGGCGACUCUGGGCUGGAAAAGUCGCUCGCCCGUCCUACCCUGUCGUCGUCGUACUCGACCGGCGCCACUCCCAUCCCCGGCAGGAGGCUCUCGAGCGCCACGGGCGGCGGAGGCUCGCCACAAUUGUUCGACUUUGCCAAAACGGACCGACGCCCAACGGCGGUCCGUGCCAACUCUCGUACCACGAUUGCCGCCUCACUUCCUUCUCGGGGAAUUGCAGGGGGCACUGCACGUGUGCAGGCCCCACCCACGGUCCAGACCGACGACAUGGAGCUUGACAUGGAGUUUGACGGCGACGACGACGAUGACGACCGCUCGGGCGGCCGCAGUGGCAGUGCCGAGCUCGACAUGGACAUGGAGGACGAUGCCGAGCCCACCGACGAGCUCAAGCCAGAGUGGGAGAAGCUCGCCCUCGGCACUGGCUCGGGCGGCAUCAAGGGCAGGAGAAAGGGCAUGGUCUUCAAGUGCGAGAGCUGCUCAAAAGAGUACCGCCACCCCUCGUGUCUCGUCAAGCACCGUUGGGAGCACAGUCCCCAUUGGCGCGAGCCCACUCAGAUAAGCAUGAGCAAGCACCAGCAGGUCCAGAUGCUCGAGGCGGCCGCCAUUCUUGCGCACAUGGACCCCACCAACGCCCAGGGCAGGUCGCUCCCUACCGACAAGUCGCUCUGGCCUGCCAUUCUCUCGCCCCGCGGCGACAAUGCGUUGCUCAAGUCGGCGCGCUCGGCCGCCCGCGACCUUCCCAAGGUUUCGCACUCGCCUGCUGGCUCGACCGUGCCUCCUCUCACGCCUUCAUCAUUGCGUGACUCGGCCACGUUUGGCAGUGUCAAGGACAGGAAAUCAAGCCCUGGCUCUGACUCGACGUCUUCCGACUCUUUCACCCAGAACGGCCUGUCGCCCGCGCCGAGCUCGCUCGGCCUCAAGGCGGCCAAUGGCCACUCCAAGCCCGUUGGUAUCAACGGCAGCGACGGUCGCCGCUCGUCCGUGUCGUCGGCUCCUGGCCCCGGCACCCCCCACUCGGCUGGCUCGCUCCCCGACAUGGCUGGUCUCCACUUUUACACUGGUACCACGCCUGUUGGCACGAGCCCGCUCCCCAACCGCGGCCUCCCACUAUCACUCACUGCCAGGGCUGGCAUGAUUGGUGGUGGCAUGUUUGGCCGCAACGCGACCAACUUCAAGGUUCCCGACUCGGGCCUUCGCGGCGGUGUCGCCGAGGACGACGAGGACGACGACCUGUCGUUUGGUCUUGGAGGCCGUGCCAAGUCGUCAUCCGAAGAGGCCGACGAGAGGAGGCGCGAGGACGACUCUGGCUUUGAGAUUGAGAACAUGGAUCUCUAGUGGAGAGUCGGUCUUGGAGAUUUCACAAAUCUCGGGUCGACUCGGUUCUCGAGCUCACACACACGCGGAUCUCUGGUGUCUUGUCGCCAUCGCAAAUCAAUCCUGUUGUCACCAUCCUCGAUAUCCGUUUGGACCGCCACCCCUUGGGCAUUUUCGUUGUUUCCCUCGACUGAAGGUAUAAACAUCUGUUUGAUCAAACUCGCAUAGCAAGUUGUACAACACUAUGGCCUGGGGCCGCGUCGUCGCGCCGUGAGCGGGACGAGGCGGCCAGAGGCUGUACGGAGGGGAGGUCGGAGGAGUGGACCCUCAUUGGAAGAAGAAGCAAGCAAGCAUGCAUGACGUAGAAUAAGUA